AUGGCCGAACUAAAAGCAUCUAGGUCAUUAAAACAGGCAAUACCAACUGAUUUACAAAGACAAGUAGAACACAUACAGAAUAUAUCAAGUGUACAGACCGAUGCUGAAAAGAUACGAUCAGAAAUACGUAAUCCGUGGGCACAUUGCGACUUCAGAGAAUGGACCACAGGAAAAUAUACAGAUUCGUUCAAUUUAAUUGGACAAUUUGUUAAGGACCUUGGACUAAGUAACAGAGAAGAGACCAGGGUCUUUGGAGAACUAAACACUUGGGCAACAAAUGGUCAACAUUUCCUGAGAGGAACAACACUUGGUUUAGAGAUUGUGGGGGACAUUCGUCAACAGACACACAUUCUUAGUAGAUAUUUACAGACUUUGUGUUCUGAAACAGACAGUCUGUUUAAUAAAGUGCAAAAAGAAUUAACAACAAUAGAAAGCGAUUUACAGGAAAGGAUAAAAGAAUUAGAAAAUAAAACUAAGGAGCAUGAUGAAACAAUAAAUAACCUAAAAGAAGAGAUAAAAAAUCAAGUUGAAGAUCAUAUUCCACAACAUAUUCGAUCUCAACAUGAACAAGAAAUAAGAGAAUGGGAGCAUGACCAAAUUACUUUCGUCAAAACCAGAGCAACACAUCACAUACUUGGAUCACUAUCCUUGCAUAACUGUAUCUUUGUGACAGGGAGCUCGGGUUGUGGUAAAUCUUCUAACAUACAUCAUGCCGCCGUUCACUUACGUGACAGAUUUGGAUAUGAGAUAAUACCUGUUUUAACAGGACCAACAGACAUUAUAAAUUAUUAUGAUAAAAACAAGAAGCAAGCCUUUAUUGUUGAUGACAUCUGUGGGAAGGAAACGAUCAACAUGCAGCCAUUACAGAUGUGGAGAGAUUAUUCAGAAAAAAUGGAGAAAAUAUUCAAAGUUGAGGUAAAAGAUGAUGCAAGUGAAAAUGAUGGCACAGUCUCAAAAUUUAUGUCCAAAAUUACUGAUUUCUUGUAGACUGCAUAUAUAUAAAGAAUCACAGUUUCAACGUAUUAAAUUAUUCACAAAAAAAGAAUGCAAUUUAUUAUCAGAAGAGUUGUGUCUGCAGGAAGCUGAAAUAAUGCUUAUGUUGCACAAGUACCUUCCUGGUGACGUAAUUGACCAUGAAAAGCAAGUCAUGCAGAACGUUGAUUACUUUCCCUUGCUUUGUAAAUUGUCAAAAGACAAAACAUCUGAGGAAGUCAAGAAACUGUUUACAGCUCCUUUAAUCAGUAUUAAAAAGAACAUAAACAACAUUAUUAAUGAAAACAAAGAACAAUUUUGUGCACUUGCUCUGUGUAUCACAUUUAAUGAUGGGUUCAAUACAGAUUGACUGAAAUUAAGAUCAGUUUCAGAAAACAAGAAGGACAAACUUGAGGACAUUGUUAAAGAAUUUGACUUAGACUUAAGCAAAGAGAAGCAUAGAAAUUCUUUAAAAUCUGGUUUUUCGA